AUUCAGGACUAUAGUUGAGCGGAAAUAGAACCACUAUAUCCUCAAGAUAUUGGCGGUGAAUAUGUGUAAGAGUAUCUUUCCUUCUCUUAAAAUCGUAUACAUUGUAAAUAUUUAGGAGAGUUAUUCUUACAAUAAAACUUAACCAUUUUUAUUAGAUUUUAUUACACUUUUUAAAGAAUUGUUUCAACUUAUAAGGCUCAUUUGUUUCACAAUGUACAGAUGCACCCCUUCAGAAGCCUGAAGUGAAUAACUGCUUGAAACUGCUAGAACAGAAUUUGAUAGAUAUAUUUACGGACGAUAAUAAACUGUUGGAAAAUUUCAAACAUGAAAACAAAGAAGAAACAAAAGAAUUCAAUCAAUUUAAAGACUCAUUAAUGUAUAUGUUCCAAUAUGGUUUAAGUGAAGAUCAAUUCGUAUAUUGGUUCUAUUGCGCUUUUACUGGAUCCUAUUGCUACAUCUCUGAUAUUGAACCUUCUGUACCUAAAUUAAAUAUUCGUUUUUUCGUUGAUGUAUUGAAUUCUACAGAUGGAUUACUUGAAAGUUUCCGAUGGCUACUUUCUGCGUUAGAUGAUAAAUCAGUUGUCAACUUGGGAUUCGAAUUCCUUCUAAACGCUCAUCCAAACAAGAUGCUUGAAAUUAUGAUUAAUCGUCUAUUUUUGCAAGAAUUGGAUACGGACGAAAUAACUUUCGACAAGCUUAUAGUAAAUCUUAUUGAUUUCACGGAGAAGAUGAGAAAUAUUACAAUCGAUGAUAAUCUAAAGUUUACAAUUAACUUAGCUAUAAUCAACUUAAAAAAUCUGGCAAAAAGUGACACACAGAGGGUGAUCCUAAAAAGGAAAAAUUAUAGAUUUAUGCCUUUCAAUGUUCCUAAAACAUUUGAUUUUCUUCCUAAAGAAAUCAAUCAAAUAAAAAAGGGUAUAGCGGAAAGUUACGAUCUUGCUGAUGCUUUUGUUGAAUGUAAAUUAACAUCUUGUUCUUUAAUGGAUGAUGUUAGUCUCUUAGAAAUGGAAGAUAUGGAAAGCUAUCUUAACAGCAGACCAAAUAUUGAUGAUUCAAGAAUAGUUGAUUGGGUUCAUGCAGCAAAAAUCUUGACAGUAGAAAACAUUCAUUUAGAUUUCUCAAAAAAUCUCGAAUUCUUUGAAACAGACGAAAGUAAAAUAGAGAAAGCCCUUGAUCACUUGGAGACUAAUUCAGAAAAUAUCACUAUAUUACAGAAAUUAAUCAAUCCCAGUGGAAAGCUACCAAUAAAAUUAUUAAAGAGAUUUUCAAAAACUCUACAUGAUAUAUAUGAAAAAGAGAACAGUUUACUUGAUUAUUCGGAUUUGCAACAGAUCUUUGUAACAAUUUUUCUAAAUCUGAAAUUGGAUUUGGAGCAAUCUAUAUUAGACUAUAUCCUCUCCUACGCUUGGAAUUCAUUGAAGGGAUAUAAAUCUGAAUUUUCUAUUACAACAAUAUGUAAUUUAAUUUGUGGAGCUACGGAAAAGACUCAUCAGGUUCAACAAGUUAAACGGUUGGCUCUUUUGGCUCUUGUCGACUAUCCUUCAGUAAUCUCAAAGUUAAUUCACGAAGCAGCUCAAACGUCCGCCCAAAAGGAUCUUUAUUACAAAAUUCUCUCAAGAUUUCCAAGUCUAUGUUUGGAAAGAUGCGAAGAAAUAUUUCUUUCAGAAAUAAAUAAGAAAUUCUGUAAUUUAAAAUCAACAGAAACCGCUUUCUUUGAAUUUAUACAGAAAUUACUUGAGCCUGGACCUAAAAUUGUUGAUAAUCGCCCUCUUUUAAGUUUGAACACUUUUGUGACGAAAAUAUUCCUACCUGCUUUGGAUAAUGAAAAUAACUUUUCAGUUGCAAUUGAGUGUUUUUAUCAUUGCAAAAGUAUCCUGGAUGACUCCUCUCCUGCUCAAAAACUGGAUUUACUAAGAAAAUUUGUAAAUCUUCAUAGUACUCUACUAGAGGAGCAUAACCUUCGAGAAAAAGUAGAUUCAGUCAUUGAAAGAAUUGUUGAUCAUAUCAAUACGUCACAUCCGGAAUAUGCUUCAAUCGAUGCCCUUAAAGUUAUAACUGAUGAUGAAAAUCUCCCUUGGCAAAGUGCAAUAUUACUAUUCCCCUUGUUAGUUAACAAAGGCGACGAUCCUCAGUUUCUUCCCGAACUUUGGCAUAGUUAUCUUAAAAAUGAGAAUUGUUAUUGGAGAGAAAUUGGUGAAGAUAUCUUUGGAGAAAACAAAGAAGAUGCUGUUCAACUUCAUGCAAUUAUUGAAUUAAGUGCAUCCCAUAAAAGUAUCCGUGAAUAUAUUGCAAAAUAUCUAUUCGAUAAAAUGAAGCAUUAUAAUGUUACGGUUAAAAUAGAAGAUUGGGCAAUAUGCUUUCAAACAGUUAUUUCUGGAUACGCUCCUUUUGAAGUCAGUAGGGUAGUUCUUAUGCUAAAAGAAUAUUGGAUAUAUUGUCAAGAAGUACCACCGUUUCAAUCAGAUUUGGCUUUAAUUAACGAAAGUAAUCAAACAUUAGUCGGAAAAGUCUUGAUUAGUAUAAUUGCUCUUAUCAGAGAUGCCGUGGAAUGUAUAUUCAAGGGCGAAUCUUCAGAUGAGAAACAGGUCAUAGUCGGAAAAUCGUGUUGCGUAAUCAUCAAAACGAUUUUAGAAUGGUUUGAAGAAGAGCAGAGUUCCAACACUGCAGUCCUGUGCUAUAUUAUUGAAGCAGCUAAACAAUUAGCUUCCCAUUUUAAUGAGGAAACGGCCGAAGGCUUACAAGUAUUAGUCAAAGAAGCAACGAGAAUGUGGCUAAAGAUAAACGAUUCGAUAAAAAAACAAUAUGAGUAUCUCAGUGAUAAAGUGAAUUUAGAAGAAAAUUCCUAAUGCAUAUCUGUUUUUUUUUAAUUGAAAAAGAAACCGAUAAAGUAUUAUAUUAAUUCUCUUUCAAUUUGUCAAGAAAAAAAUCUACUUUAUAUUGUUUACUUCAACUUUUGUUUUUUAAGAAUAGCCGCUAGGUGUCGUUUCGACGUGUGUUUUAUAAUGCGCUGCUAUUAGGAUAUAAAGGAUAUGUACUAUUUGGAUAUAAAGGAAUGAUAUGAAACAAUAGAUAGGCACAUGUGGAGUUUUGAAUUCCUUUAUAUAUAUACAUUUUGCCUAAACUAGUUAUAAAUAUUUAUUUCUUGGUCCAGCAUUAUUAUUACUGAGUGGAGUUUAAUUUGAGUCUUAUGGAUCUACACCGCGUGUACAGCCUUUGAUUCAAUCAAGCUAGGGUAUAAAAUUACCUAUUUAGGAAGAGAAGGAUCUACAUCUUAAAAGAAAAGAGCAGAACGUUAAUAUCCCAUAGGUCAAUCACUUGAUAUCUGCUAAAAGAGAGAGAGAGAGAGGGAGAGAUAGAG